AUGGCGAUCUGGUUUGCUAGAUCCAGAAACCUCGUUUCUAGCCUGAGACAGAAUCUUGGUUGGUCCGCGAUUCUCAUCAAACGCGAUAAUUCUCCUCGUCCGGUCGUUUUUACAACUUCGACGGCGUUUUUUGGUCCGGUCGGGAGCCACCGUCACGAGUCGACGGCAGUGGAGAAACAGCCGGAUUUUGUUCAACAGAGAGAUGAAGAAGAUGCCCUGGAAUUGGAUUUUCCGGGAGGCAAAGUCGGUUACACAUCAGAGAUGAAAUUCAUACCUGAAUCUCCAUCUCGGAGAAUUCCAUGUUACCGUGUUCUUGACGAAAACGGAAGAAUCAUCCCCGACAGCGAUUUUAUUCCGGUGAGCGAGAAAGUGGCGGUUAAAAUGUACGAACAAAUGGCGACACUUCAAGUAAUGGAUCAUAUCUUCUACGAAGCUCAACGACAAGGAAGAAUCUCGUUUUAUCUUACUUCUGUCGGAGAAGAAGCCAUUAACAUUGCUUCUGCUGCUGCUCUUAGCCCUGACGACGUCGUUUUACCUCAGUAUCGAGAACCUGGAGUUCUCCUAUGGCGUGGCUUUACAUUGGAGGAGUUUGCGAAUCAGUGUUUUGGUAACAAAGCUGAUUAUGGCAAAGGUAGACAAAUGCCGAUUCAUUAUGGCUCUAAUCGCCAUAAUUACUUCACAGUCUCCUCUCCCAUCGCCACACAGCUUCCUCAAGCUGCUGGAGUUGGUUAUUCUCUGAAAAUGGAGAAGAAGAACGCUUGUGCAGUUACAUUCAUGGGCGAUGGUGGCACGAGCGAGGGAGAUUUCCACGCCGGAUUGAAUUUCGCGGCGGUGAUGGAAGCUCCGGUUGUGUUUAUCUGUCGGAACAACGGUUGGGCUAUCAGUACUCAUAUCUCAGAACAAUUCAGAAGUGAUGGAAUUGUUGUGAAAGGACAAGCUUACGGCAUCCGAAGCAUCCGUGUGGACGGUAACGAUGCGCUCGCGGUUUAUAGUGCGGUACGCUCAGCUCGAGAGAUGGCUGUAAAAGAACAAAGACCAGUUCUUAUUGAGGCGAUGACAUAUAGAGUAGGACAUCAUUCUACAUCAGAUGAUUCGACUAAGUACAGGGCGGCCGAUGAAAUCCAGUACUGGAAAAUGUCGAGAAACCCUGUUAACAGAUUCAGGAAGUGGGUCGAGGACAACGGAUGGUGGAGUGAGGAAGAUGAAUCCAAGCUAAGAUCUAACACAAGAAAACAGCUUCUGCAAGCGAUUCAGGCGGCGGAGAAGUGGGAUAAGCAACCAUUGACAGAGUUGUUUAACGAUGUAUAUGAUGUGAAGCCGAAGAAUCUCGAAGAUCAAGAAGUUGGUUUAAAGGCAUUAAUAGAGAAACAGCCUCAAGAUUAUCCUCCUGGUUUUCAUGUCUAA